UAGAAAAAGUGAAUGUGGGAUUGAAAUAGAUACCGGAUUAUAUUUUCCCACAAGUGCAUUGCUUUAGGUGUAUUUUUAUAUAGCAAAAAUAUAUUCUAGUGCCAUUGUUAGAUAAUUCAGGAUUGAGCAUUUGUGCUGUAGAAUAGAAAGUGAAAUUUUUGAUAAAAAAAAUUUUCAGAGGAAAAUUCCAUAUUUAUGUAAAACUUUAGACUUGAAGUGAUAAAUGUAGAGAAAAAUAAGUAGGAAAAUGAUAAAGUUAAUUUCAUUAAUCAUAUUAAGUCUCUUGGUAAUAAAUGUUCAAGAUUCAUACGCAAGAAAAAGAAGUGCAAAGCACGAAGACUGUGAGAAGCCACCUGAAGUGGAUAAUGCUGCUGUAGUAAUACGAUAUGAUGACAAUGAAGAAUUUGUAAGUGCAAGUUAUUCCUGCUUCAAUGGUUACAAAUUGCAAGGAAAAGCUACAAUCACAUGUGACUUGGAUACAGAUGAGUGGCAAGAGAAUCCUCCCACGUGCAUAGUCAACGAAUCCGGUGAAGCCGAUGACAAAACAUCAGUGGACAGUAAAAAGAAUCAACGCCGAAAAGGCAAAAUGCAUGAGAUAAAAGAAGAUCCAAAAAUAACGAAAGAUUUCGCCUCCAAAUUGGAUUUAUCGUGCAUGAGUAAGGGUCUUGUGAAAGCCCCAACAAUAAAUAAUGGAAAUAUAGCAAAAUACAACAGACGCCGGAAGGGAGAAAAAAUAUUUCUUGUAGCAUUUUAUGAAUGCGAUGAAGAUUAUGAACUGGAAAAUGUAGAGCAAGAUCGACUAUUCUGCAGUCAAGAAUCGUGGGUGGGAGAUAUGCCUAGAUGUAUGGCGAUAAACGAUGAAGGCGACGACGAUGAUGAAGAGAAUGGAGAAGAAGGAGAAGAUUAUAGCGAUGAGAACGGAAAUGUAUCAGGUGGUGAAAGUGAGGAUGACGGCAGAAAAAAUGAGGAGCAUCGUCAUUCACAAGAUAAUGAAAUUUCAACAACGGCAAGUCAUCACGAUUAUAAUGAAAUUGAAAAAUCAAGAAGCAUUGAAGCAACAACGAUAAAGAUGGAGCCAAGAAGGAGUCAUUCCAUGCCAUGUGAUGCAGAUAAUGGAGGUUGCGACCAUGAGUGCCGAAUGGUUAUUGAUGAACAUGAUGUAGAUCCUAGAAUCCAAUGCUCAUGUUAUAUCGGUUACACACUUGAUGAGAACGAUGGAAGACGAUGUCAUGAUAUCAAUGAAUGUGAUUCGAAUCACGAAUGUGAACAAAUUUGCAAUAACUUGCCGGGCUCAUUCGAAUGCUUAUGUCAUCCAGGACUUCAAAUUGAUACGACAAACAAUAAGAAGUGUAUAGAUUUAAACGAGUGCUUGGAAAAUCCAUCAAUAUGUGGAGAAAAUGUAUGUGUAAAUUCAUACGGCACUUAUACAUGUCUUGAGCCUUCUUCAACUUCAACAACCAGCACCACAACUCCAGAAACACCAACAACAAUUUCAACCACUGAAGAAUCUAUUAAACAUAAUAAGAUAAUAGAAAAUGAAAAUGAAAAUGAAGAGAAAACCAAUAAAGUGGAUGAUGUAAAUGAGAAAAUUGAAAGACGAGAUGAAAUUCUAGUUGAAUCAGAUUCAGAAGACAAUGAAAAUUAUAGGCAAAAGGCAAUAGAAGAUAGACGAAAAACAACAUCAAGUGAAUCAGAUGCCGAUGACGAAAAUGAGGAUGAUAACGAAAAUGAUGACGAGGAGGAAAGUGUUAAGAUUAAAUCUGAAUCUGGAGAAAACGUAGACACAGAAAUCAAUAAAAUACCUGAAGCACCAUCAAGACUAGAGAAAGAAGAGGACGAAGAAGAGGAAAAUGAAAUCGAAAGUGAUAAGGUACGACAACAUGGAGAGGAUUUGGACGAGGAAAAUACAACUGAGACACGUGAGAUUAUUGAUAAUGAAAUUCCGGAGGCAGUUCACAUUCAUCAUUCAACACCUGAGCCAGUGGAAUCAAUAACUACACCAGAUUCAUCAUUACAUAUUCAACCGACAACAAUAACGCACCAUUAUGCGGUUAGUGAAACUGAAAAUGAAUCUGUUGAGAAUUCAACUAAUGAUAAUGAUGAGGAUGAUGUGGACCGAGAAGAGGAAUAUACCCGAAUGCAUCAUCAAUCUUCGACUGUCAAAUUAGAUCUACGAAAUGAAUGCGAUGAUGAAUUACGUUUAGACGACACUGGAAAUUGUAUUGAAAUUGAUCAUGAAAAGAAAGAUGAUGAUGAGACAACGUAUAGAACUGAAAAAAUUAAUAUUAGUCAAAAAACAGAAGUAGAGGUAACAACCUUGGCAAGCAAACAUAUUGAACCCGAAUGUCAACAUGUUGAUGAUGGAGUCGAAUGUGACUGCCCUCAGGGAUACGAAUUGUCCGAGGAUGAAAGUUUCUGUCAGGACAUCAAUGAAUGUGAAAUUUAUGAAAAUGAUGAUGAGGAGAAUGAAAACGAUGAGAAAGAUGAGAAUGGGAAUCAUCCGCGGGCUACAUUCUGUUCGCAUGCUUGCACAAAUCUUAUAGGAAGUUUUAUCUGCUCUUGUCCGGAAAAUUUUCAUAUUCAUGACGACAAACGAACUUGCAUUCGAGAUUAUUGUGUGGAUUUGGCAAACCCAGCAUUGAACAAAGUUAAAUGUUCUGAUGAAUGUGUCGACACUCAUGAAGGAUACUCAUGUCGUUGUCCCACUGAAUGGAUUUUACAGAAUGAUAUGAAAACAUGCAAACAACAAAUUAAAGAUGAACAACAGUACAUAAAAGGUAAUAAUAUUAACGAGGUGGAAGAAAAUGAAGGAGAAGAUGAUUAUGAUGAUAACAAUGAGCUGGACAAUGAGGUCACUUCAAUUGUUGAAUGCACAAUUCAUGAUCAUGAACAGUGUAGUCCAGGCAAUUGUGUCAUCCAUACAGAACAAGGAAUCAACAGCGAAAGCAAGCGAUGUCAAUGUCCGUCGGGAUUUAUGUCGAACAAUGAUAAAUGUAUCGACAUUGACGAGUGUAUUAGUAAGGAGCACCAAUGUAGUCACGAAUGUCAUAAUACUCAUGGAAGUUAUUAUUGUUCAUGCCCAAAUGGCUUGACACUUUCGGAUGAUAGAAAGACAUGUAUCGACUUUGAUGAGUGCUCCCAUGGCACUAAUGUGUGUGGUGAUCUCGCAUGUCAAAAUACGUACGGAAGUUUCAAGUGCUUAUGUGAGAAUGGCGUAGAUGAGCCUGAUGAGUAUGGUGAAUGUCAAAACCAGAACAAAAGUUUAUGUGACAACAAUAAUGGAGGAUGCUCUCACUCAUGCAGAAUUCAUCGAAGCAAUAUAAUUUGUGAGUGUCCAGACGAUAUGGACCUAAGUGAAGAUUUAAAAGCAUGUGUGAAGCUUGACCCCUGUCACAUUAAUAAUGGCGGAUGCUCACACUAUUGUGAUUCCUUAUUGGAGCCCAUGUGCUCUUGCCCAACAGGCUAUGUUCUCGAUGAUGACGAAGUGACGUGUAAGGAGAAAUUUGAAUGUAGUCAUGGAUAUAAAAUAUCAAACCAUGAUGGCACAUGCAUUGAUAUUGAUGAAUGUGAGAAGGAUCGAGAUAUCUGCUUGAAUGGUCAUUGUAAGAAUAAAGAAGGAUACUACACAUGUCACUGUCACCAAGGUUAUGAGUUAUCAGAAAACAAUAAAACUUGCAUUGACAUUGACGAGUGUCUCGGUCAUCCAUGCUCACACAAAUGUCUAAAUCUACCCGGGACAUAUCAGUGCUUGUGCAGCUAUGGUCAAAUCUUGAUGGCGGAUGGACACACUUGUGGAUUUUCUGAUUUAUGUGACCUAAAUAACGGAGGCUGUGCUCAUGCAUGUGACUUUGUGGACAAUAAAGUUUCAUGUUCAUGUAGAAAAGGAUACAAAGUUGAUGAUGUCGAUAAAAAAAAUUGCGUUGAUGUGGAUGAAUGUAUGGAUAAUAAUGGCAGCUGCCAACAGAGGUGUAUAAAUACAGAAGGAUCAUUUUACUGCUCAUGCACGGAUGGAUAUGAGCUCAGCAAAAAUGGAUUCUCAUGCAUCGAUGUGGAUGAAUGUGUAGAUAAUAAUGGAAACUGCUCCAAUAUUUGUAUUAAUCUUAUUGGAUCAAAAAUGUGCGCUUGUGAGGCAGGUUAUACGUUAGAUAUGGAUAAUCACACUUGCUUAGACAUUGAUGAGUGUCAAAAUAUGCACGAUUGCUCUCACAUUUGUAUCAAUACAGAUGGAACGUAUGAAUGUGAUUGUCCUAAUGGAUAUCGACUAGCUAAUGAUAAAUUCAACUGUCAUGACAUUAAUGAAUGCGAAGAUGAUAUGCCUUGCAUCAAUGGACAUUGUAAAAAUACAAACGGCUCCUUUGUAUGUGAAUGCCAUAAAGGGUAUGAACUUGCUGACGAUGACAUAACGUGUAUUGAUAUCGAUGAAUGUAAUAAUAAAGACCAUGAGUGCAGUCAUCACUGCAUAAACUUUGCUGGCGGCUACAACUGUUCAUGUCCAACGGGUAUGGAAUUGAGUACAGAAAAUUCUUCUCUGUGUCGUGACAUCGAUGAAUGCGAAUUUGAUUCCCCAUGCGAGCAUAUUUGUGAAAACACUGAUGGAAGUUUCGUCUGCAAGUGCAAUAAUGGAUAUGAACUAUCAAACGAGGAUACGAGCUGUAUAGAUAUCGAUGAAUGUAAAUUGGGAAUUCAUGAAUGUGAAGGAGCUUGCACGAAUACGGAAGGAAGUUACACAUGUUCGUGCCUAAAAGACUUAAUUCUUGCUGCUGAUGGAAAGAGCUGUGAGAGUCUCAAUCCAUGUGCAACAAAUAAUGGUGGUUGUAGCCAAUUAUGUGAAUUCCAUAAUAAUCACACAGUUUGCUCAUGUCGAAAGGGCUUUACGAUCGAUGAACACGAUAGAACAAAAUGCAAUGAUAUAAAUGAAUGUAACAACGAGCACAGCUGUCAACAGCAGUGUGUGAACAUUGUCGGUUCCUAUCGUUGUGAAUGCUUUUUCGGAUUUAAAGCGAACGAAAAUGAGCAGUGCAUAGACAUUGAUGAAUGUAAAAUAGGAAGCUUCCGUUGUCCAACAACAGCAAAUUGUAUUAACACAGCCGGCGCAUAUAAAUGCGUUUGUCCCAAUGGUUCUAAAUUAUCACGCGAUAAAACCGAAUGUAUUGAAAUCAAAAAUGAAUGUAAGCCAUUAAUAGUAAAGAAUGGCAAUGCACGAUGUUCACGCUCGAGGCACAAAACACAGCUAUUCUAUCGUACAAAAUGCGCAAUUUCAUGUGACAAAGGAUACAAAUUACACGGACCAUCGAUUAAGCAUUGUAAUGGAACAGGACAUUGGGACGAUUAUGGGAAUCCAAUUUGUAUGCCUCUUGCAUGUCCUCGUCUAUUGAAGCCAGAAUAUGGAACAAUUUUACCAACAAAUUGCAUGUAUGGUGAUACAUUUGCUGGAGAACGAUGCUUCCUUCAUUGUCCGAGUGGAUAUAAGGCAUUAGGUAAACGAGUGGCUAUAUGUAAUAGUAAUCUUGAAUGGCAACCAAAUGCUGAGCUUCAAUGCAUUCCGGUUAGACCAUCAAACGUUCCACUAACAUCACAACAUCAACAGAAACAACACACAGUACAACAAUAUUCAGUACGACCGACAAUAAAAUGUCCAGAAGAUAUGACAAUUGUUAAACCAAAAAACCACGAAACAAUAUUAGUUCGAAUAGAAAAACCAAAGACAAAUGUGGAUUGGGAUUCGUACGUUGAUUCACAGCCAUUGUGGGGUAAGAAAUUAGAAACAACAUUGUCAACUGGUGCAACUGAAGUCACAUUUAGAGCAAGAAGUCCACAUAAUAAUUUGUUCGACAUGUGUCGAGUUAUUGUCAAUGUCAUUGAUCCCGUUGCACCUACUGUUACAUACUGUCCGGAACCAUUUAUCGUUCAUCUCAAUUCAUAUGAAACAUCAAGACCUAUUCACUGGAAGGAGCCAUCAUUUGAAAGUAAACGUCCCCUAAAGCAUGUUUUUAAAUCAAAAGUGCCUGGACAUACUUUUGGUGUUGGAACUCAUGUAAUCACGUAUAUAGCCACAGCAGAGGAAGGAUUAACCGCAAAAUGUACUUUUAGAAUAACUGUGAAAGGGUCACAUGAUCCACAGCAUCCAACUCAGAGGAUUUCAUUAGAAACAAACUCAAUAGCGGAAAGCUAUGAUAAUCAAAAGCAUCAGCAUAAUAAACCCCACCAUCGCAUGGAAAACCAUAAAUCGUAUUUGAUAUGUCCUGGUAAAUCACCGAUUGAAAUAGGAGUAAAUCAACCAUGGCACUUACCUCGAGGCUGUAUAAUCAAAAAUGUCAAGGUACAUCGGAGAAUUCAUAAUAAUAAUCAACAACAGCAGCAGCACAGAGAGCAUCAUCAAAAUCAACAACAUUCUCCCCAUGAACUUAGAAAGCAUCAACAAAAUCCUAAGGCAGUAACACACACGCAACAUGAGCAACAUCCAACGAGUAGACAAUUGAAUGAAGAAUUUAUACUAGCAAAGAAUCAACUGAGACAGAAUAGAUUGAGAUAUUAUUCAUCAUGGGAUACACAGAGACAACGUCAACAGCAGAAGCUUGCAGCAGCUCAACAACAGCAACAGACAGUGCAAAAUCACCCACUUAGACAUUAUCAUCAACAACAAUUAUAUCAUACUUAUGUACCAGCUGCUCAUUGGGACUAGAAAUAGCUUGAAAAUAAAAUUGCACUGCAAUAAUGCGCUUAAAUUACUGAAACUAAUGCGAUUUAAAAUGAGAUAAAAAAAAAUUCUCGUAACAUUAACACAAAAAUUUCCUUUUUGUAAUGCUUCAUACAAUGUAAUACCUCAAAUUAUAUAAAUAAAAA